UUCCCAGGGGGCCAUGUUCACCUUCAUGGCCUCCGACAGUGAGGAGGAAGGGUGCGACGAGAGGACGUCCCUCAUGUCUGCGGAGAGCCCCACGCCACGCUCCUGCCAGGAGGGCCGGCGCGCCCUGGAGGACGGGGAGAGCUCUGCGCAGCGGAGGGUCCGGGAGAGCGAGGACUGCGAGGAGGACCCUGACGGCUACCUCUGCAGCGGGGCCCCGGGGCGGCCGGCGGGGCUGGAGGAGCAGCUGACCCUGAAGUACGGGGCGAAGCACGUGAUCAUGCUGUUCGUGCCGGUCACACUGUGCAUGGUGGUGGUGGUGGCCACCAUCAAGUCUGUGCGCUUCUACACCGAGAAGAACGGACAGCUCAUCUACACGCCCUUCACCGAGGACACGGCCUCCGUGGGGCAGCGCCUGCUGAACUCCGUGCUGAACACGCUCAUCAUGAUCAGCGUCAUCGUGGUCAUGACCGUCUUCCUGGUGGUGCUCUACAAGUACCGCUGCUACAAGUUCAUCCAUGGCUGGCUGAUCAUGUCCUCCCUGAUGCUGCUCUUCCUCUUCACCUACAUCUACCUCGGGGAAGUGCUCAAGACCUACAACGUGGCCAUGGACUACCCCACGCUCUGGCUGACGGUGUGGAACUUCGGGGCGGUGGGCAUGGUGAGCGUCCACUGGAAGGGGCCCCUGGUGCUGCAGCAGGCCUACCUCAUCAUGAUCAGCGCGCUCAUGGCCCUGGUGUUCAUCAAGUACCUUCCGGAGUGGUCCGCCUGGGUCAUCCUGGGCGCCAUCUCGGUGUACGACCUCGUGGCUGUGCUCUGUCCCAGAGGGCCCCUGAGGGUGCUGGUGGAGACGGCGCAGGAGAGGAAUGAGCCCAUAUUCCCAGCCCUGAUCUACUCAUCCGCCAUGGUGUGGCCAGUGGGCAUGGCCAAGCUGGACCCCUCCUCCCAGGGUGCACUCCAACUCCCCUACGACCCAGAGAUGGAGGAAGAUUCCUAUGAGGGCUUUGCAGAGCCUGCGUAUCCUGAGGCCUUUGAGCCACCCCUGCCUGGCCUUCCUGGGGAGGAGCUGGAGGAAGAGGAGGAAAGGGGCGUGAAGCUGGGGCUGGGAGACUUCAUCUUCUACAGCGUGCUGGUUGGCAAGGCGGCAGCCACUGGCAGCGGGGACUGGAGCACCACGCUGGCCUGCUUUGUGGCCAUCCUCAUUGGCUUGUGUCUGACCCUGCUGCUGCUGGCCGUGUUCAGGAAAGCGCUGCCAGCCCUCCCCAUCUCCAUCACCUUCGGCCUCAUCUUCUACUUCUCCACGGACAACCUGGUGCGUCCUUUCAUGGACACGCUGGCCGCCCACCAGCUGUACAUCUGACGGGACCUGCCUGGCCGCGCCCGGCACAGGUGCACACGGCAGCGCGCGCGCGCUCGUGUGUGUG